UUUUUAGUUUAAGGGUCAACGUCGGUAGCAUUCCGUACCUUGUUCUUCAGUAUUAUUGUAAUUAUUUUACCAUACACAUUAUAAUUAUUGUCUUUAGUACCUCAGCGAUAAAAUGGCUUUUGAUGCUUUUGACUUACUGCUAACAGCAAUACAUAAUGGCGACCGCGAACAAGUGGAAUACAUUUACCUCCAGGAAAAGGCCGGUAAUGACCCUAACUUUUCAUUCAAUUAUACGGACAAUAUCCGAACACCUCUUUGUUCAGCUUCUGCAUUAGAUAGCAUAGACAUCAUAAGGCUUCUACUCUCCUAUGGUGCUGAUCCAAAUUUGCGUAUUGAGAUGGAUGGUACAAUGCCUCUGCAUUUAGCUUGCGAUAAAGAGCAAAGAUGUAACACCAAUACGAGUAUUGUAAAGGAAUUGAUAGAUGCUGAGGCUUAUAAAGACGUCCAAAAUGCUGGAGGUGAAUCUCCGAUUCAUUUAGCAUGUUCCAGGGAAAAUAUUGAGAUUGUUGAAUGUUUGUUAGAGGAGGGUGCUGAUUAUGACUCACUUAAUAGGGAUACCGGUGAAACUGCACUUGUGAUUGCCUGCUGUCUUGGAAAUCUUGAACUCAUUAAGAUUUUGGCUAAGUAUGGAUGUCGUAUUGACUAUCCAAAUAACAUGCCAAUCAUCACGUGCAUUAGCAGGGGAAAUAUUCCGGCCCUGAAACUACUCUUGGAAAAAGGAGAAGAUAUUCGUAAGCGACCGGGGGAUUAUCUAAGUUAUGCAUGUGACUUUAAUCAUAUAGACAUGAUGGAAUAUUCGAGAACUUUAGGAAUAGAUGUAAACAGUCGUAGAACAUCAACAGUUUUUGAACUAGCACCUUUACAUGUCGCUUGCAUGUCGAGAUCAAUUGAACUGAGAGUUGUUGAUAAGCUGUUGUCUUGGGAUGCAGAUGUAUCAAUAGCAAGUGCAACAGGGGACACUGCCCUGCAUUACGCAGCACAAAAUUUAGAUAUAAACAAAGUUAAGACCAUUAUACUACAUGGAGCUAACGUGAAUGCUGUGGAUGAUAUAGGACUGACACCUCUUACUGCGGCUUUGACCUCCAUCUUAGAUCCUACUCUAAUCUUUAACAUUAUUAAAUUGUUUUACGCAGCAGGGGCUACAAUACCCAAGCAAACUGUUGACAUUAUUGAAAGGCACCAUGCUGACAAGCUAGAUUGUUUGAAAGACUCCAUAGAACUUUUACAGGUCUACUCAACCAAUCCUCUAACUCUAAAGGAUACAUGUAGGAUAAAGAUCAGAAGUAUCUUGGGAAAAACAUGUAACAAAAAUGUACCUAACUUACUAUUGCCAAAGCAAAUAACAAAUUAUUUAAAUUUUGGAGAUAUGUUCAUACCUGAUAUUUCUUAAACAGUUUUGAAAGUUUUGACAUUCGUUAAUGAUGAACGCCUCCAUAUAAACUAUAAUUUCGACAAAAACAUGCGUUCGUCUUUACAUUUCAAAGUAGUUCGGCGUAAUUUUGGAACACAUGUUGAUUUUUUCGUCCACACUUAAAAGAUUACAACUA